AUUUGCUUGUAGGUCACCUUGUUUGUUCAAACACACCAAGCUAUUUUCCAGAGGAAGCCUACGCAGAACUGUUGGGCGAAUCUUUAGUCACGCACUUCCUGGUUUGUUCCCAAGAACAAAUUGGUCAGUUGUUGUGGGGGGAAAUUAUGGAGGGGGAUCAGGAAACAAGUGUGGCUGCAUCUUCAGUGGCUCCCAAGAAGAAGAAGAAUGGGUCCUUUCGAUCCAUUUUCAUGCACGCCGAUAUGUUAGAUUGGUUCCUCAUGGUCCUUGGCCUUGUUGGGUCCCUCGGCGACGGUUUCACCACUCCUCUCGUCCUUCUCAUCAGUAGCCGCUUGAUGAACAAUAUAGGCUCUGGUCCUACCAUCGAUCCGAAUGCUUUUACAAAUUCCAUUAAUAAGAAUGCGGUGGCCCUGCUAUAUUUGGCUGCUGGCUCAUUCCUCACUUGCUUCCUCGAGGGGUAUUGCUGGACCAGAACAGGGGAAAGGCAAGCUGCCAGAAUGAGAGCUAGGUAUUUGAAAGCGGUGCUCAGACAGGAUGUUGCUUACUUUGAUCUGCACGUGACGAGCACGUCGGAGGUGAUCACCAGCGUCUCCAACGACAGCCUUGUAAUUCAAGAUGCUAUUGCUGAGAAGGUGCCAAACUUCUUGAUGAACGUGUUUAUGUUCAUCGGGAGCUACGUAGCGGCUUUCGCGAUGUUAUGGAGGCUGGCUAUUGUGGGGUUCCCAUUCGUGGUGCUGCUCGUGAUCCCUGGUUUACUCUACGGAAGGACUCUAAUGGGGUUGGCGAGGAAGAUCAGAGAGGAGUAUAAUCACGCCGGUACAGUAGCCGAGCAGGCGAUAUCUUCCAUAAGAACUGUGUAUUCCUUCGUGGGAGAAAGCAAGACCAUAGCUGCUUUCUCUGAAGCUUUACAAGGAUCUGUUAAAUUGGGGCUCAAGCAGGGCUUAGCUAAGGGCUUAGCCAUCGGAAGCAACGGCAUCGUCUUCGCCAUCUGGUCCUUCAUGUCUUUUUACGGCAGCACCCUCGUCAUGUACCACGGCGCUCAAGGCGGUACCGUUUUCGCUGUCGGAGCUGCCAUUGCCGUUGGUGGCCUAUCUUUAGGGGCGGCUUUAUCGAACAUGAAGUACUUCUCUGACGCGAGUACGGCAGGGGAACGCAUAAUGGAGGUGAUCAAAAGAGUGCCGAAGAUUGAUUCGGACAACAUGAGUGGGGAGAUCCUGGAGAGCGUUUCAGGGGAAGUGGAAUUCGAUCACGUACAAUUCGCGUACCCAUCCAGAAGAGGAAGCAUAAUCCUGAACGAUUUCUGCCUGAAGGUUCCAGCUGGGAAGACGAUGGCCUUAGUGGGUGGGAGUGGAUCAGGAAAAUCAACAGUGAUAUCACUUUUGCAGAGAUUUUAUGACCCACUUGUGGGAGAGAUAAGGCUGGAUGGUGUGCCCAUUCACAAGAUGCAGCUCAAGUGGCUGAGGUCACAGAUGGGUCUGGUCAGCCAAGAGCCUGCUCUGUUCGCCACCAGCAUCAAGGAGAACGUUCUCUUUGGAAAGGAAGAUGCUUCCAUGGAAGAGGUCAUUGAAGCUGGCAAAGCUUCUAAUGCGCAUAAUUUCAUUUCCCACCUGCCUCAGGGGUACGAUACUCAGGUAGGCGAAAGAGGAAUUCAAAUGUCAGGGGGCCAAAAGCAGAGGAUCGCCAUUGCGCGAGCAAUAAUAAAGAAACCGAGACUGCUUCUGCUAGAUGAAGCAACCAGUGCAUUAGAUUCUGAAUCAGAGCGAGUUGUUCAAGAAGCUCUGGACAAAGCAGCCGUGGGUCGCACCACAAUCAUCAUCGCUCACCGUUUAUCCACCAUCCGAAACGCCGACGUCAUUGCCGUCGUCCAGAACGGAAAGAUCAUGGAGAUGGGCUCGCACGACGAGCUCAUGCAGAACGACGAUGGCCAUUACACAUCUUUGGUUCGUCUUCAGCAGACAGAACAAUUCAAAACCCAACAAGAAGAUACUGUCUCUGCCCCGUCGUCUAUAUCAAACAGGGACAUGAACAACACUAGUAGCCGUAGGCUUUCCCUGGUGAGUCGUUCUAGCUCUGCUAAUUCAAUGGCACGGAAUCCAGCUUCGGUUGCUGAUGAAGACGAUGGCCAUCAUGUUACAGAAGAACAGAAAUUCCCUGUUCCUUCUUUUCGGAGAUUGUUGGCUCUUAAUCUCCCAGAGUGGAAGCAGGCAACUAUGGGGUGUAUAAGUGCUAUUCUCUUUGGUGCGGUUCAGCCAUUGUAUGCAUUCGCAAUGGGUUCUAUGGUAUCUGUGUAUUUCUUGACGGACCACGAUGAGAUAAAAAAGAAGACGAGAACUUAUGUUCUCUGCUUUUUGGGGUUGGCUAUCUUCUCUUUACUUAUUAAUAUAAGCCAGCAUUAUUAUUUUGCUUACAUGGGAGAGUACCUGACCAAAAGGGUUAGAGAGAGAAUGCUCUCCAAAAUUCUCACGUUUGAAGUCGGAUGGUUCGAUCAGGACGAAAAUUCCAGCGGUGCUAUUUGCUCUCGACUCGCCAAAGACGCCAAUGUGGUGAGGUCCUUGGUGGGGGAUAGAAUGGCUCUACUGGUACAAACUUGUUCGGCAGUGACAAUAGCCUGCACAAUGGGGCUGGUCAUUGCAUGGAGGCUGGCCAUUGUUAUGAUAGCCAUUCAGCCUCUUAUCAUCGCUUGCUAUUACACAAGGCGGGUCCUUCUCAAGAGCAUGUCUAGCAAAGCCAUCAAAGCCCAAGAGGAAAGCAGCAAGUUAGCUGCCGAAGCGGUUUCAAAUCUUCGGACCGUCACUGCCUUCUCUUCACAAGAUCGCAUAUUGAAAAUGCUCCAAAACGCUCAAGAAGGCCCGAGCCAAGAGAGUAUACGUCAAUCCUGGUACGCAGGUAUAGGCCUCGGAUCUUCCCAAGGCCUUAUGUCUUGUACUUGGGCUUUAGACUUUUGGUAUGGCGGCAAGCUUAUCUCCCAAGGUUACAUCACUGCCAAAGCACUGUUCGAGACCUUCAUGAUCUUGGUCAGCACUGGACGAGUUAUUGCUGAUGCCGGAAGUAUGACUUCGGACCUUGCUAAGGGUGCCGACUCAGUGGGCUCUGUUUUUGCAGUCCUAGACAAAUACACUCAAAUUGAACCCCAAGACCCAGAUGGGUACAAGCCUGAGAAGAUAACGGGGCAGAUCGAACUCCGUGAUGUUCAUUUUGCGUACCCAGCUAGGCCCGACGUGAUGAUCUUUGAAGGAUUUUCCCUCAGAAUCGAUGCUGGGAAAUCAACAGCACUAGUUGGCCAAAGCGGGUCUGGCAAAUCAACCAUUAUCGGGUUAAUAGAGCGAUUCUAUGACCCGCUGAAAGGAACAGUGACCAUCGACGGCAAAGACAUAAGGUCGUAUCAACUCAGAGCACUCAGGGAGCAUAUAGCAUUGGUGAGUCAAGAGCCCACGUUAUUCAGUGGGACCAUAAGAGAGAACAUCGCAUACGGAGCGUCGGAUAAGGUAGGUGAAGCGGAGAUCAUAGAAGCAGCGAGAGCAGCGAACGCUCAUGAUUUCGUAGGAAGCCUGAAGGACGGAUACGACACGUCGUGUGGGGACAGAGGUGUGCAGCUAUCGGGAGGGCAGAAGCAGAGGAUAGCGCUCGCUAGGGCGAUUUUGAAGAACCCAACGGUGUUGCUAUUAGACGAGGCGACGAGCGCGCUGGACAGCCAAUCGGAGAAGGUGGUGCAAGAAGCACUGGAGAGGGUGAUGGUGGGGAGGACGAGCGUGGUGGUGGCCCACAGGCUGAGCACCAUACAAAACUGUGAUCUGAUUGCUGUGUUGGAUAAAGGGAAAGUGGUGGAGAAAGGGACCCACUCAUCUCUGUUAGCUAAGGGACCAACCGGAGCUUAUCACUCUUUGGUCACUCUUCAGAGAACGCCGUCGAACGCCGUUCCCUGCACUGGCCGAGUCUAAGUUUCAUGGCUGAACGCCGGGAGGGCCGAAGGCCCAAUCCUGCAUGAAGAUGAUCAGGAGGAAGUGUGGAAGGGUUUUCCUCCGCCCUAUUUUUUCCCCCGAGUUAAUUAUUUCAAUGUAGGGGAAAAUACAUCUAAGAUCCCUUGUUAAAAUUUUUAUUGAAAAAUAUUUAGGAUUAUAAUUAUUUAUGACAA